GAAUCAACGCCCAAUGAGAGCGACGAACACGAACCUCGGAGUCAUGUGAUUGGCUGCUGCUGGUGUCAGCAGGACUGCCUCCACUGAAUAGUCCCGCCUCAUACAGGAUCUGGGAAGCUUAGCUGCUGCAGCUCUUUAAGGGGAGUGCAUGUUAUCGGACUACAGGGCAUCAUGGGUAACAGUGAUAGUGUGAUGGUGCAGAAGCGAAUGGCCCGUUUUCGGCCCGAGGAGCGGACCACCAUAGAUGGGGUCUUUGACAGACUGCUGGGUGGUUCUGGAGCGGAGAAGACUCUUCAGCUGGAGACGCUGCAGACCUCCAUGGGUGACCUGGCUUCAGACACCAUGGUGAAGAGGAUCUACCGAUGCAUGUGCAGCAUCGACCCAGGACAGGCGGCACCGUCGGCUUCAGCAAAGGAAGGCACCGCAGGGGUUGACCGGGAGCAGCUGAUCGUCUUCCUGGCGGACACCCUCCGAGGGACUGCAGAGGAACGGGCCCCACUCGUCUUGGUCAUGUCCCACAAUGCAGAGGGGGUUCCAGAUGUUGUCACCUGUGAACAGGUGGCAGCGUUCUUGGAGGACCUGAUUUCUGCUAUAGUUCAGAUUCUGACCAAAAGGGGGCGCCUGCAGGGCUGGAAGCCAGAGCAGAUGGGUGACACCCAGCUGGGGAUCAAACUGCUGGCAGAGCAGAUGUGCUCUGAGCUCAAAGCUUCAGAUCAGGGAACUUGUGAUGUUUCCUGUCUGGAGGACUGGAUCUUCAGGGUCUCCCAGGUUUCCCUAUACUUGGAGAUCCUGGUUGCAGAGGGCCUGAAUGUGUCUCUGGGUUCUUGGACGGCCCCAACUUUACUGCCUCUAUGCAAGGAGACACACUGGAAGGACCUGAAGUGCCUGCUGGACAUCCCCACCCUCAUGUUUCUUGCUCCACAGUUACCGGACAGCUACAGCACCCCCUGGAGGCUGGUGUUUUCCACACACCUGCAUGGGGAGAGCUUCACCAAGAUGGUGUCGGGUCUGACGCACCACGGCCCCACCGUGCUGCUCAUCAAAGACACCAAGGGCCAUGUUUUUGGGGGCUUUGCAUCGCAAGCCUGGGAGAUGAAGCCUCAGUUCCAGGGGGACUCCAGAUGCUUCCUGUUCUCUGUGUUCCCCACGCUGAGAGUCUACACGGCAACAGGAUACAACGAACACUUCAUGUACCUCAACCAGCACCAGCAGACAAUGCCCAACGGACUGGGAAUGGGAGGUCAACACGACUACUUUGGUUUGUGGCUGGACUGCGACUUUGGGCAGGGUCACAGCCGAGCGCGACCCAAAUGUACCACCUAUGGCAGCCCCCAGCUGUCUGGAGACGAGGACUUCACCCUGGACUCUGUGGAGGUGUGGGCUGUGGGGAAACCCCCCCAGCCACCUGAGGGGGAGGAAGAGGAUAGUAAGAAGAGCAUCCUGAACGUGGAUCCAGAAGUUCAGGCCAUGAUGGAGCUGACAGGGAAAACUCUGCACAGCGAGGGGUUCAAUGAGCUGGAGGAAGACUUCGAUUAGCCACAGGGAGCCAUCUUCCUCCCUGAAGUAAUCAGUAGAUGGAAGUAUUUCCCGCCUCGGGGGAUCCUUCCGGCUUUUUAAGCCACAAACUGUCAUCUUGUUUAAAAGGGAACAACCAUGCAGGCUUCCAGGCUGAUUUCUCAGUAGUUGCAGGUCAGAGCUCUCAUUAAACUAUGAGCUUAUACCAGCUAGCAACUUCUCCAUCUCUGGGUGUGAAUUCACACUUGGACCGGCUGCUUCUCAACAGAAUCAAACCUCUUCAUUUUCACUGAUAGAAAAAUAUGUAACAGAAAGUAUCUCCCUGCAUGUGAAGCCCUUUGGGGAUUUUUUUAAAGAAUAAAUUCAUGUUUAAUUGUUGUUGAUUAAUGAAAAUCUGAACAAAGUAAUUUUUUUAGUGGUUUAAUCUUUGAUAAGUUUAACAGAGAUGAUUCCUUCCUGAUGGUCCAACUGCUGCUCUCUUUCUGCAGAUUGCAGCCAAACCUGAGCCGACCAGUUUUCUUCCUAUCGGGUCUUUGUGCUCUGGUCUGAUCCAACUGAGCGUGUCCUGAUGCUUGCUACAGAUCAGAGACACGCUCUCGCUCUGGUUAUUCUAUUGCUCUGAAGAUGAUGAUGGUAGAGGAGCUGAAGCAGCAUCUCUUUAAUGUUUGCAUCCUUUCUUCCAUUCUGAAAUCCUCCUGCUCUCCUCUUCGAGUAGUUAAGGUAGACAUCAGAUCAGAGCAGCUUUGUGAGAUUCAAAAUGAAACCAUCGGGAAAGUGUAAUUAAUCUUAAGCUGAUUAUUAAUCUCUAAUUUCUGUGUUCCAUCCCUGCUGUUAGCUGAUUAACCAGAAUUAUUCUUUCUGUGUUUUAGCGUUUUAUCUGGUUUGGAUGUUUGUUAAA